ACAUCAGUAGAGAAGCUGAGGGCGGACUAGUCGGCGGCAACUAGGCACGUUUUUGGCAUACUCUACAAGUUUUAUCAACCUGUAUUUUUUCAUCCUUCCGAAAAUCCUUCAACAAAGCUCCUCCCUCCCUUCCCCCGAGUCCCGAUACAAUUUCGAGUAUUAAGAAAAUUAAAAAAGAAAAAAAAAGAACAGGGGUGUGUAUUGGUAAUAUAUUUCGAAGAAAUAUUUUCGUAUUAAGAAAGACAAAUCGAAUUUAUAUAAAUCAAAUUUUACGUUUUAAACUUAGAAACAAACAGACAGACACAAAGACAGACACAAACAGACAGAACAGGAUAGGAUAGGAUAGGAUAGGACAGUUUUGGUGAAGAUCUCAUCGAAGUGGGUAGUUGAAUCGUGCAGUGCUGCCGUGACGGUCGAUCGAAACACGCCACAAGGUGGGUCGUAUUCUUCAACGAGCCCUGCUGCUCAUUUCGGUACACGAUGCCACAACGUCGACCUCGUCGUCAUCGUCGAUAUUUACCGUCCUUAUCCUAUUUCACAUUCUCAUCUUCUUCGUCAUCGUCAUCGUUGUCGUCGUCGUUGUCGUCGUCGUCGUUGACGUCGUUGACGUCGUCGUCGUCGUGGUCGUCGUCGUCGUCGUCGUCGGCCAUCUCAACACGACACCCAACAUCCAAGAAAAUCAUCUAUCGGCCUGGACCGGCGUGAACCCCUUUUCAAGAUUUUGUUAUCGUCAAAAAUUAUUCGACGAAUCCCAUUAAAUUCGGCUAAUUUUAUCUAACACACACACACGCACACGGGAUUUAUCUGGUGUAUCGAUUCUAUAUAUAUAGAUAUAGAUAUAUAUAGAUAUAUCAUUGUCUUUCGUUCUUUCUUUAUUUCUCAGUUUGCUGUUUGUUUGUUUGUUUGUUGUUUGUUUAGUUUAUUCAUUUUUAUUCAUCAAUUAAAUACAUUUGUUGGUUUCGUUCGAUCGUACGCGUGUUACUGAAAGUGUCUCGAGUGUGUUAUUCUUUGUAUUUUGUUUUUUUUUUUUUUUUAUAUUCAGUUUAAUCUAAGUUAUCUGAAGAAUCCUUUGUUGCACUGUUGUACAGUUACCGAGGAAACGAAGAAUACUAUAUAUUUCUAAACGGGUGUCGUACAACUGAUAACAAAUUUGGGAAGAGGAGUUAAUAUGACGAGAACGAUGAAGUUCCUAAAGACGUUACUUUCCUUCAAGUUUAUGUCGUCUGUCAUUUUUUAAUAAACAGAGAAAAAGGAAGGGAUAGAGGAACGAUAAGGAAAGAAGGAUACACAGGACUCUAAGCUCGUUGUUUGUUUCUGAUGGUAGAACGACCAAGUGAUCGAAAAUACACGGACGAUUAUUGUCCACUACCAUCACCACCACCAUCACGACAACAACAACAACAACAACAACAACAACAAGAUCAACAUCAACAACGUUGAAGAAGUGAUCAUCAAAGGACUCAUGGAUUCGUCAAGAAGCCUACCGUUUGCUUCCCUCCUCUUUACUCUUCUCUUCUUGUUUAAUUAUCCCGAGGAAACUCGUGCUGGUCUGAUAAAUCUAGUCAAACGAGAUGUUAGCCAAGAUCAAAGGAGUAGAAUAUCGAUCGAUCGAUAUGCCAUGCAUGGACCAGCCGUUGACGACGAAGAACUCCCUAGAAACCUUCACGACCCUUAUCCUGGAAGUAGUUUCGGUCCAAUGGGACCACUCUACGAUUCCUUAUCGGAUGAGGUCUCAGCAAGAAGUCUUCCGGUAUCCAACACGGCCACCCAUGAUGAUGAUUCCUCAUCCUCACCUUCUGGAAACAAUCAAGAAAUCGAUCAACCAAAAACUGAAGUAGAGUACCACAUUAUAUCGGUCGAGUUCCCCCGCGUGGAAACGCCAUUCGUUAUCGGCAUUUGGAUAUUUUUCGCGAGUAUCGCAAAAAUUGGUUUUCACAUGGCACCGAGACUGAGUAAAAUCUUUCCGGAAUCAUGUUUGUUGAUCGUCGUUGGUGUCGUCGUCGGACUACUUCUGUUCCAGGCCAGCAGCGUUCACGUAUCACCCCUAACACCUGAUACUUUUUUCCUCUACAUGCUACCACCGAUCAUCCUAGAUGCCGGUUACUUUAUGCCCAAUCGAUUAUUCUUCGAUCAUCUUGGAACUAUUCUACUGUUCGCGGUAGUUGGAACCAUUUUCAAUACAUUAUCAAUAGGUGCAUCCUUAUGGGUCCUCGGAAAAUUCAAUGUUUUCGGUUGCGAGACACCGUUAUUAGACAUGUUCCUUUUUUCGGCAUUGAUCAGUGCCGUCGAUCCUGUCGCUGUAUUAGCCGUUUUUGAAGAAAUACACGUCAACGAGAUACUAUACAUCGUUGUAUUCGGUGAAAGUCUUCUAAACGAUGCUGUCACCGUUGUAUUGUAUCACAUGUUCGAGACGUAUAGUGAGAUGGGACCUUCAAGAAUCGUAUAUACGGACAUACUCUCGGGUUUGGCCUCGUUUCUGGUCGUAGCUAUCGGUGGUACGAUAAUAGGUGUCAUAUGGGGAUUUGCAACAGGAUUCGUUACAAGAUUCACGAACCAGGUUCGUGUGAUCGAACCUAUUUUCAUAUUCGUCAUGGCUUAUUUGGCUUAUCUAAAUGCCGAGAUCUUUCACAUGUCCGGAAUAUUGGCAAUCACCUUUUGCGGUAUUACCAUGAAGAAUUACGUCGAAGCUAAUAUAUCGCACAAAUCUCACACUACCGUUAAAUAUACAAUGAAAAUGUUAUCGAGUAGUUCGGAAACGAUCAUAUUCAUGUUCCUCGGUGUGGCAACGGUGAACAAUAAACAUAAUUGGAACACAUGGUUCGUCGUGAUGACAAUAGUCUUCUGUUCUAUUUACCGGAUCGUGGGAGUGAUUGUCUUGACUGCAUUGGCCAAUCAAUUUCGUCUGCAUAAACUGGACAAGGUGGAGAAAUUCGUGAUGUCCUAUGGCGGAUUAAGAGGUGCCGUGGCGUUUGCCCUUGUCUUGCUAAUAGAUCCAAAACACGUAGCGUUGCAACCAAUGUUCGUUACGACCACUAUUGCUGUUAUAUAUUUCACCGUGUUCAUACAGGGAAUCACCAUUAAACCCCUCGUUAGGAUACUUAACGUGAAAAGAGCUGAAAAAAGGAAGCCUACGAUGAACGAGAGGAUUCAUGAAAGGAUAAUGGAUCAUGUAAUGGCCGGAAUCGAGGACAUCUUAGGAAAACAUGGCAAUUACCACGUGAGAGAUAAAUUCAAACGUUUCGACAACAAAUUUAUCCGGCCGUAUCUAUUGCGAAAUCAUUAUGGUGCCGAACCAAAGAUUUUGGAGACCUAUUCGAAAUUAGCCAUGAAGGACGCCAUGGAUUACAUAAGAAGAAACGCUUCGACGAUCGGUAAUAUCAGUGGAACCGAAAGUAUGUCAGCCAUAUUUCGAAAUUACAGCAAUACCGGACAAUUCAACGGAAGUCCGAGUUGCAGUCAACUCGAAACAGGUUGGAAUAUCGAUCUCCAGGAACUCGAGUACAAUCCAUCGAAGAAAGAUUUGACAGACGCUAGGAUACAUCAUCUAUUGGCGGAAGAACUCUGCAAACCUUACAAACGGUGUAAAACAUUACCGUCGCAGCACCGACGAUUGAGUUACAGUAGGCACGCGGUCAACGAUCGGGAUCUAUCUACCCAAGUCAAUUAUAAAAUGCACAUGAAUAUUCGACGUAUGAUGGGCGAGCACAAACAUCGUCACAAACGCAGCAAGAAGUUCCUAAAGGACGGUAAGCAGAAUCACGUGAGUUUCCCGGAAUUCCAACAAAACGGUUCGACCAAAUUAUUCACCCAAGACUACAUGAACGGCGUGUUAUACGAAUUGGAAAACGGGGAUAACUCGAAACCUUCGAGCAAGGAAGAUUGGGACUCGGCCAUAACUUUUACUGCUCGUACUUCCGAUUUUUCCAAUGCUAAUCCAGACGGUCAUCACGCAACCGCUACUACGUCCAUGGACACCAUAAACACCGAAGAUGCCGACUUGAGGUUUGCCCGUGAUGAAUUUUGGUUGAAUUCGACAGGUGAAAGUUAUAGGGUAACAACCCCAACGGCAACGGAAACGAUGUUACCAUGGAAACGCGAGGACGAUUACGAUUCCGGGCAUCCAUUGAAACAAAACGAGUUUCCGGCUUGGUGUGCUAAUAAGGAAUACUUACCCUACAGCUCACCUUCCGCUACUUUCUUAGGUGCCAUAGAACAACCAAAAGUACAAUCAGUGAUUGGCCUGUUUCGACGUGAAAGCGUUGGCACGCCGGAUCAUAUAGAACGUCAGGAAACCGUGUUGCCUUGGAAACGGGAUGACGACUACGAAUCCGGACAUCCGUUGAAACAAAACGAGUUUCUUACUUAUAGCUCACCUUCGGCCACAUUGCUUGGUACCAUAAAGCAACCAAAAGUACAAUCAGUGAUUGGUCUGUUUCGACGCGAGAGCGUUGGUACACCGGAUCACAUCGAACGUCAGGAAACGGUUGACGAGUGCGACGAGUACACGGUUACCGGGAUGGAAGAGUUUUCCACUCCCACGAGAAACACAGGUAAAACAGAGGAAUCGAAAAGUUAAUACGUUCGAGCCAGGGACUGGUAUUGGGCAAAGACAGUAGCAGCAAAAGUUCUGUGCACCGGAGAGUGUCGAUGAUGGAAUUGGGCACGAUGGAAAAAUCAUUGGAAAGAAACGAGGAUGGUUCGCGUUCCCUUCCAGAAUGUUGGAAUCCUCAAAGAAUAAGAAUGUCGUCUUACCUAUGCUCGGCUCAACUACCAAGUUUAUCUACGGCCCUGAUAACAUCAUCUUCUUCGGAAUCUUCGGAGGAAAUCGAUGAAGAGGAAGAGAGAGCUUGACCUUUAAGGAAUGCGCGUAAAUAGGCUUCGUCUUACGAGGAUGUGCAUCGUCCUUGUUUGCGUCGUCCUUGGAAACGACAAGCACGUCCUCGUUCACUCCUUUCGUCGCUCUUACGACGACCCAGUACACCAUUAUAAAAGAAAAAAAAUGAAAUGAAAAGAAAAAGAACAAGAAUAUAACGAAUACUCGGUCUAUAUUUGAUUUGAUUCAUCUAUAAUCGCAAUCGGAUUAAUUCGAAGAAUUUCAUGAAAUUAAUUUAACAAAGAAACUACUACGCACCUAUCAAACGUAAUUAUAUUUUAUGAUCUAACGGAAUAAGAAUGAAAAAACAGAAGAAAAAAAAAAGACAGAAAGAAAAAUAAGGCAAUUGAAUUUUAUUCUAUAAACACUUUCUUCUAAUGAGAUUUUUAUCAAUAUUUUUUUUAUUUUGAAAGACGAAAUGUUCCUUUCGAACGAUGAUGAUAUUACGAAAGUUUGAAAAAAUCAAACUCUGGGAAGAUAAUAUAAUAAAUCUUCUGAUCUUCCAAAUGCAAGAAAAAUUGCAUUAAAAUUCGCUGGUUUUGUGUGGUCUCAUAGAUCGUAUUGAUCUAUUGGUAUCGAUUAAGAUCAGCUAAGGUGGUCCAGCUAAUUACAAAGGAGAAAAUUAUAUAAAGGAGAAACGUCUUGUACAAAAUAAAAAAAAAAUCUUUCGCACUCCGCACUGCUGCUGCUGCUGCUGUUGCUGCUGCUGGCUGUUGUUGCUACUGUUGUUACAGGAAAGGAAAGAAAAUUAAAAAAAAAAAAAAAAGAGAAAAACUUUGUUUAUCUCCUCGUGUAAUGGCCUUAAACGAUUCUACUUGUUAGUGAGAGAAAUAACCGUGAAAACCUCGUACGUGAAGUUGGCACUUAGCCGUGGCGUGAAUUAUGUAAGUAAGUAAAUAAAUAAAUAAAAAAAUAAAUAAAUAAAUAAAAUAAAAUAAAUAAGUACUACUUGCACGAAGGAAUAUAUCGUGUAUGCCGUGUGUGCGUUGCGUGUGUAUGCGUGUACGUGAUUGUAAAUAAAAAAAAAUGUGAAUUACAAAAAAAAUAA